GAUUACCCUGAGAAACUUGUGGCGCUGAUUAGACGAGAGUACAAGAGAACAGUAUUGUGUCCCUUCCCUUGGUGUGAGGAAGAAUUGCAAUUCGAACUCUCUAAGAUAUUUACAAGACUGACUAUCGUUUGCCGGAAGAAAGAACGUGCAAAGUUGACAAAAGACUCCGUCAAAAUGACUGAGGUCUUGAGACCAUAUAAAAAAUGUGAAUGUGAAUGUGAAUGUAAAUGUGAACGUGAAAAACCAAGAGUAGUGUUGAUCGAAGGGGAACCUGGGAUAGGAAAAACCACUUACUGUCAGAAGCUUGCAUAUGAUUGGUCUGUGGGGGACAUUCCAACUGAAUCUUCUUUUCCUAAAGUGGACAUGCUUCUUCGGCUGACGUGUCGUGACAUGAAGACUGCUAAAAUUGAGGAUGCUAUUGAAGAUCAGCUACUACCACGUGAUGCCAACGAGAAAGACAAGGAGAUUUUUUUCUAUUUCAUUCGCCAUUAUCAAUCUAGAAUCUUGCUGGUACUUGACGGAUUGGAUGAAUUACCGCAGAACCUGUUUGAAGAAUUUUUUCCUUUAAUUAGAGGAAGAGUUUUACCUUUAACUUAUCUCAUUAUAACAGCUCGACACGAAGUAGGGAUAAAUGUUCGGCUACACAGUGACGCACUGUUUGAGAUUAAAGGCUACACCAAAGAAGAUGCAGACAGUUACAUCAAGAAGUAUUUCAGUUGUCACAACAAAUCAAGGCUUGCUGGGAAACUAAUCAGGAAAAUAAACGACGACUCACAGCUUAGGGAAUUGACUGCCAAUGCACUGAACACAGCUCUUCUAUGUCUUGUUUUUGAAGACACUGGCGGAAGAUUGCCUCACAACAAAACCAUGUUGUAUUGUGAACUUGUUGACUGUGUUUUGAGGCGAUAUUGUUCUAAGAAAGAAAUCCGUUUGUGCGACAAAAGUCCCAUAGACAAAUACAUGCACCAGCUGAAUCAGUUGGGCAAGUUAGCUCUUGAAGCUCUGCUGAAAGAUCAAUUGGCUUUCACUCCAGGAGAGUUAGAGAGUAAGUCAACGGAAUUCCUUCAGCUUGGAUUUCUUUCUCGAGAAACCAGUGUAAGCAAAAUCAGACCGAAGCCAACUUAUGCAUUUAUCCACAAGACUUUUCAGGAAUUCUUUGCCGCAUUCCAUCUGUCGCUUGAAUUGGAAACUGCUGAUAGGGACCAGACGGCCCUGCUGACUCAGCUUAGUCCUGUUGAUAAGUACUGGCAGGUGUGGAAGUUUUUGAUCACAAUGGUAGCAGGUAAAAGUGAAGAAACAGCUACUUUCCUGGUUUCGAGACUAUCGGCUUCUUUUCAGUGUAAAAAACCUAGGAAAUCGGUAAAACGUCAGUAUACAAGACAACCUUUAGAUUCGAGCGACUCUGAAGACGACUCUGAAGACAACUUUAAUCUGGCUAGAAUCUUUGCAGAAACUGAUGAGGUUUCCUUUCUUGAGAAAACAGUUGAUGCUAUUGCUCAGUGUAAACAAAGUAAUAAUAAACUUAGUUCCUGCCAGAUUAAAAUGGCCCGUACGCUAGCUCAUUGUUUUCCUCAGGAUAAAGUGCUGAUGAAUGAAAGUUAUCUCCCUGCUGAUUCCUCUCCCUGGGGCUCUCAAUUUUCACUCGUUUUCUACGAAUAUCUUAAAGGCAACCGCAAACUGAAAAGAUUAGUUUGGGACGUAUUAGCCUCAGCAGCACUUGCAGAUGUCCUUAAAGCGAGUCAUACUCUGACACACUUAUAUUUGAAGACCAGCCGGUGCAUUCAAGCUCUUCAGGCGAAUCACACGGUUACACAUUUAAAUAUGUCUUGUACCAGAGUCAACGAUGUGCAAGCGAAAGCACUCGGAGAAUUUCUCCAGUCAAAUCACACUUUGACUCAUUUGUUCAUAGCUGCUAAUUUGAUAACACAUAUUGGAGUUGAAGCUUUAGCAGACGCUCUAAGAUCCAAUAAAAUAUUGAAGAACUUGGAUAUUGGACGUAACAACAUUGGUGAUGAGGGAGCCAAAGCACUCGGAAAAGUUCUCCAGUCAAAUCACACUUUGACUCAUUUGUCCAUAGCUAUUAUUUGGAUAACACGUAUUGGAGUUGAAGCUUUAGCAGACGCUCUAAAAUCCAAUAAAACAUUGAAGAACUUGGAUAUUAGAAGGAACAACAUUGGUGAUGAGGGAGCCAAAGCACUCGGAAAAGUUCUCCAGUCAAAUCACACUUUGACUCAUUUGUCCAUAGCUGAUAAUCAGAUAACACAUAUUGGAGUUGAAGCUUUAGCAGACGCUCUAAGAUCCAAUAAAACAUUGAAGAACUUGGAUAUUAACCAUAACAACAUUGGUGAUGAGGGAGCCAAAGUACUCGGAAAAGUUCUCCAGUCAAAUCACACUUUGACUCAUUUGUCCAUAGCUGGUAAUAGGAUAACACAUAUUGGAGUUGAAGCUUUAGCAGACGCUCUAAGAUCCAAUAAAAUAUUGAAGAACUUGGAUAUUAACCGUAACAACAUUGGUGAUGAGGGAGCCAAAGUACUCGGAAAAGUUCUCCAGUCAAAUCACACUUUGACUCAUUUGUUCAUAGCUUCUAAUUGGAUUACACAUAUUGGAGUUGAAGCUUUAGCAGACGCUCUAAGAUCCAAUAAAAUAUUGAAGAACUUGGAUAUCGAAGAUAACAGAAUUGGUGAUGAGGGAGCCAAAGUACUCGGAAAAGUUCUCCAAUCAAAUCACACUUUGACUCAUUUGUCCAUAGCUCAAAAUCAGAUAACACAUAUUGGAUUUGAAGCUUUAGCAGACGCUCUAAGAUCCAAUAAAAUAUUGAAGAACUUGAAUAUU